AUGACGAUGGCAACACCUCCCGCGCCGUCAGCCAACUCCAUAGUCCCGCAAAUUGCUCCAGGCAAUGACACAAAGCUGUGGUCAGAGUCUCUAGAUACUCCUGGAUACAUCCCGCGUCACAUGAAGCGUUCAGCAUCUGCAUCGUUUCCGAUACUUGAAGUUAUCCAGCGCCUACUACACCGACUCAAACCUAGUGGAGGUGAUUUGGAGAAGAUAUUAGCACUGAUCGGUCUAUAUCAAGCUGUUCGACCAGUUUAUAACCACCUGAAGGACUUCUGCAUAUGGGCCUUCACGGUUCAGGUCACCAUUCCUGAGAAUGAUCCGGUUGCCAAGGAAGUACUUGCUUGGAUGGGCUCAGAGGUUAUCUUGAACAGCCGCACUAGAAGCGCAAUGCUUGUGACGGGAGGCAUGCAAGAUCCUAACGAUGACUUCCACCGUCGCAUGAUGAUGUCACGUGGUCCUGGAGUGGGUAUCGAUCGAGUAGACGACGAGGUUUUGUGCCUGCCGCCGAUUGGGACACGCCUAUUUUGGCUCGGCUUUCGCCCCUUCAUAUUCUCACGUCGCGGCGGUCACAGCUAUCGAAACAACAGUGUCAUGGCUGGCAAUCUCGUUGAUGAUAGUGGUCAGCUGCAGAAUUCGCUUACUCUGAUGACGCUAGGCUGGAGCCUGAAGUCGCUGCAGGAUUUCACUGAACUCUGCCACCAGUUUAAGCUAGAGAAUCUGACAGGUACAACCACUGUGUACUUUGCUGGAGGCGGUCAGAACGAUCCCUACGGCGACGGAUGGAAGUCAGUUUCAAAGGCUAUCAGGAAGCUUGACACGAUCGACAUGGAUGAGGCCGUCAAAUCGGACCUCAUUAGAGAUGCGGAGUACUACUACAGUGACCAAUCGCGACAGUUCUUCGCGGACUGUGGUAUUCCGUAUCGCCGUGGUUAUUUGUUCCAUGGACCACCCGGGACUGGCAAGAGCUCUUUUAGCGCUGCUUUGGCAGGCCAUCUCGGGUGCGAUAUCUAUCAUAUCAACUUAGCCACUGGGGAUAUCAGUGACGGCGGCCUCCAUCGCCUAUUUCUGGGCCUCCCAAGGAAAUGUAUCGUGGUGAUCGAAGAUAUCGACUCUGCUGGUAUUGGUCGAGAACAUAACUCGUCAUCAAAGCCGCCUCCGGUGGCUCCAGAUCUGACCCCAGACCUCCAGGGUAUGCUUAGUGGCUUACCUCCUCCACCACCACCAAUGGGACGACGACGCAACAUGGUUACUCUUAGUGGUCUACUCAAUGCUAUCGAUGGUAACGCUUCACAAGAAGGCAGAUUGCUCAUCAUGACUUCGAAUAAUCCCGACUCCCUCGAUGCCGCUCUCACACGCCCCGGACGGAUUGACAGGAAGAUCUACUUCGGUAACAUGAGUAAGACAGCUGGGAAGAGCAUAUUCAAGCGCUUGAUUGGGCGAUCAGCCCUUGCACACGACGCUGCAUUCACAAUGGCGCAAAUCGAGCAGUACGCCAACGAAUUCGCCGACAAAGUGCCAGCAAAUACAUUCACUCCUGCUCAGGUGCAAAACUUCUUGCAGGGCUGCCGCGGAGACCCUAACAAAGCCUUGGAAGAGAUUGAUGCUUGGGUUUGGGAGAAUCAGGCUAGCGCUACAACAGCAACAAAACACACGAGUCAUACAUCUACAUCGGAAAGCCUCGUCUCGAAUCCCUAG